GCGCAACCCCGGCCAAGAGGGAGACCGACCGGGAGUUACGUUGUAUUACACGGGGCCGGGCGACGGGAUUCUCGCUCUCUCGUGGCGUGCCCGGGAUGCGCCUCUCGCGUGUCGCUGCCGCCGCGUAUGGCGUCUGAUAGUCGCCGGUGAUACUCGCGCGUCGCACGCAGCUGCUACCGGAACACGUCCCCUUGCACACCGUAUCCGCGUGUCGCGGCCGCGAUGUCGCUGGAAAGCCCGCGCCGCCGGUGAAGGGCUCGUCGAGCGCGCGCGCGCGAGAGAGAGAGCGAACGUCGGAGCACCAGUGCGUCCAGGAGCUUCUUUUUCUCUCGUCGGACACUCGGAGGUGUAGCAUGAAGACGGAAGUCGAGGACACGAGCGGCGACGGAGCGUGCGACGGCGCCGGCGGUCCCAAUCUCGCCUGUCCCGAAAGCACCAGCGGCCUGGUCGUCGGCCCGGAAACGUCACCCAGUGUAAUGGAGUGCGGUGGUUGCGGAGAGCGCGUACGCGAGCGAAUCGUGCUGUGCGUGGGCGGACGUACGUGGCACUCCAGGUGCCUGAGGUGUUGCGCCUGUGCCAGGCCGUUGCACGAUCAGCACUCCUGCUUCCUGAAAGGCAUGCGGCUCUACUGCAGGCACGAUUACGUCCUAACUUUCGGCGCGAAGUGCGCGAAAUGCGGACGCAACGUGGGCGCCGGCGACUGGGUGAGACGAGCCCGGGAGAGGGUUUAUCACUUGGCCUGCUUCGCCUGCGACGCCUGCUCGCGUCAGCUGUCGACCGGCGAGCAAUUCGCGCUGCUGGACGCGCGACUGCUCUGCAAGGCGCAUUACCUCGAUGUCGUCGAGGGCAACAACACCUCCUCCGAUGAAGGCGGUGACUCCGAGAGUGGCCACAAGGGCGGUAACAAGGCGAAGAGGGUCAGGACCACCUUCACCGAGGAGCAGCUCUCUGUUCUCCAGGCGAAUUUCCAAUUGGACAGCAAUCCCGACGGUCAGGACCUCGAGAGGAUAGCGCACGUAACCGGGCUGAGCAAGAGGGUGACGCAAGUGUGGUUCCAGAACUCGAGAGCGAGGCAGAAGAAACACCUGCACACGGGCAAGAUGAAAGGCCAGCACGUACACCAAUCGCCACCGAACUCCACCGCAUCGCCCAACGAUUUCGGCCGUCACAUCAACCUGCACCUGACGUAUUCCUUCCAACAACAGCACCAGCAGCCACAGCAGCCGCAACUUAGCCCGGCCACGUGCAAGAGUCCCACGGGCUCCAUUUAUCAUAAUCACGGUUCGGAACAGUCGAUGGACGAGCUCUCGCAGGACUCGAUGCUGUUGUCCAUGCCGAACGAGGUUUAAUGACCGCGGCUCGAUUCAGCAUAUUGUAAAUACACGCAUUGCUUUAACGAAAAAAGUGUCAAGGUAGAUACACGCCUCGAAGCACAGGUACCGUUUUUAUUUAUCCUCAAGGUGGGAAGUUCGCUCUGUCGCGUUAUUACUCUUCGAUGACGCGCUCUCAGACCACGCUCGGGAGCGAUAGAUGCUGCGUUCUCGGUGUUGAAGCUUGUCAAAAGCGGUUAGUGUGAGCGUACGUAUUGUUUCGUAUGUUCCGCGCACGAACAAUAUAUAUAUAUUCACAGCUAGGAAAAAAGGCGGCGGAUAUAAAUGAAGGAGAACGAUGUGAGUGAAUGAGUGAGUGCGUGUGUAUGUGUGUGCGUAUCUGGUAUACGUGUGCGUGUCUGAUAGCGCGUGUGCGCGUACAACUUCGUCCUACGCAUCGAUCUCUCUGUCUACCUCCUCCUCUUUGACUGUGUUCGAUAAUUUUGCACUCCACCACUCUCAUUCUUCCUCUAUCCCCUCUCUCUCUCUCUUUCUCUUAUUCGAUAAAUGUGCAAUGUCUCGAAAAAUCGGGACUCGGAAACUCGGACAAUUUUCCGAAAAAUCGUAAUACUAAAAUCCGAAUACCGAAAUAUAUGAAGGAUAUAAUUUUCGUAAUAAAAAAAUCGAAAUGUGAUUGGUGAAACAAUAUUCUGAAAUAUAUAAUUGUUCCGGAGAGGAACUACAAAACAGGACACAUAAUUGUAUUAUAUCUGUCCAUUUGUCUAUACUCCUGCUGUAGGGGAGAGGGUAAAAAAAAAUAUAUAGACCUCUUUUUUUCUAGACGAAAAAUCUAAUUUUAAAUGCAAUAAUUGCAUCUAUAACUGCCAAAGUGUUAGUACACAUACUUAUAAUUAUGAAUAUAUUAUGAGUGUUAGCACUUAUAAUGUAUUCAUAAUCAUUAGGAAAAAACUGUUCAAAGAGUACAAAAUCUUUUUAACAUGGUGUAAAAAAUAAGGUCUUAAAAAAUGGAAUGGUGAUAUGAAACAGUGAAAAUAAAAAAAAAAACUUUUUGUUAUUAUAAAGUUGUUGGCGUUAAAACUAUCUUUUUGAUUAAAUUUCCUUGAAUGUAAAAAUCACAGACUGAAAUGAAAAUAAAAACACUAGCUGUGAAAAUUAAGAAAAUUGAGCUCAAUAAUUAAAACGAUGUGGAGGUCCUUUAAGCUUAUGAACAAAGGUCAAAUAAAAACAUUAUACACAUUUAUACCCGCUACAUAAAACGUGGAAAUGUAAGAUGGAAUCCCUUGUUCCAUAUUAUCGAUCAUCGCUACUUUCCAAUGAAUCUCAAAGUAGGAAAAAUGCUUCCAAAUAACUAAUUCUGCGAUUUCGAAGUUUAAUCUUAUAAAUCGACACUAACCGGUUUAAUCUUAUAACAAAUCUACAGCUAAUAUGUUAGAUUUAUCAAUGAAAACAAAAAACCAUUAUUUUAAUCUUACCUUGUGGAAAGUUUUAAGAGCAAGAGAACAAAGCGGCUUCUCUUAACACUUUAAACAACGUGGCUCUGGUGCCACUAUUUGGUGGCCAGUAACGAUUAUGUUUAUUUCAGUUAUUGAAAGAUCGCAGCAAUCGUUUAAACAGCCUUACUUUGUUACUGCUCUGUUUCAUAUUACCAUCUGCUCCUCUACUCAGAUUAGAAGAUAUUAACGCACCUGAUUGUAUAACGAGACAAUUUGCCAAAAGUACUAUCCUGAAAUAGUCGGUGUCAUGACUUUUCGCGAAAAUUGUAUGCUUCCAGUAUCUCGGUAAAAUUGCAUUAUGCCGGGAACUGUAUUGUCUCAGUAUUCAAAUUUCAACGUUGAAUAUGCAUAACCUUAAAAAAUCAAAAUCUCGGAGUUUCAGAAGUGGGACAACAUCUCAAAGAGUCACAAAUCGAAAACUGUGAAUACAAUGUUUUUCGAAAUAUUGAAAGUAUGCCCGAAUUGUCCCGAAAAGCCAUCUCGAAAAAUGAGAGUCAAUCUCCCGAAAUACAGAAAGGAUGAAGUUGUUCCACAAAGUUGUUUGGUAAAUUGUUUUGACAACAACUUCAUGCUUUCAAUAUUUCGGGGAGAUUUUUUCUGUACCUAGUUUUUGAGAUGACGACUUUUUCGGACGUUGUCCCACUUUUAGAAUUUUGCUACUUUUUUUCAAAGUUAUGUAUACUCACCAUUUUGACUUGUAACCUUUAUGAUCCCGCGGGAAAUUGUUUUAUUUUUAAAAUUUCGAUAUAUAUUUCUUUCUCGACCAUGCACUCCUCUUUCUUUCUCUGUCUCUCUCUUUCUUCCUUCGGUAAACAUGAAAGAGAGACGGUUACGUAUCUCCCGGACGUCAUCGGAGACGUAAUUCUCGCGGAGUCGGUGGAAUUUCGCGUGUCCUAUAGCAAUGCUUCAAAUGAAAGUAUCUUUCGUAGCGUCUCGAUAGUCGUGUAAACGUGAAAGAACUGUCAUUUAAUAUGAAUGUACUGUGAUGUAAAUAUUGUAAACUAAACAUAUACAUAUAUAUAUAUAUAUAUAUAUAUAAAUAUAUAACAAUUGCACACGUUGAACAAAAAAAAAAGAGAAACGAAUCCUGUUGCUUCCCGAUGCAAUCUCUCCUUUCGACUUUUUUUUUUUGCGCGACGUUGUCCCCGACGUUGUAACACGUAUCCGUGAUAUACGUCGGUGGGUGAUAAGAGGAAUAUAUAAGAGAGGCGAAUAGAGGAGGAAUACAAGAGAGGCGAGUGGCAGGAAAGUCAUUGCUACGAUUGUAACAGCAAAUGGCGUUUUAUUAAUAACGGCGUGUUUUACAAUAUUGCAGCGACAAGUGCGCGUGGUGGGAGCAAUAUAAAAUUCUCACAUGCA